AUGUCCCUGCCCGCCAAUUUCGGUGAGUUGCUUGCCAAAAGUGCUCGCGAAAAGCAGCUACUUUUUGACUACCAGCUUCGCUGCCGAGGCACAGUCAUCAGAGUUCACAGGCUGGUUGUUGGUAUGCAGUCCCCUGUUCUAUGCACUGCCUUGUCCGGAUCCUUCAAGGAGAAGGAAGAUGGAUUCUAUGAAAUCAAAGAUUUUGAGGCGGAAAAAGUGAUCAAAGCUGUCGAUUACUUUUACACUGGCGACUACCAAGCCCCCGAGAACAAACCCGACAACCCACUACACACACUUCUUUUUCAUGCUGAAAUGUCCAUAUUUGCAGACAAGUACAUGAUCCAAGCUCUUCAAUCUCUCGCAGAGGUCAAAUUUGAAAAAUUUGCAAACUCGCAGAGCACUAAACAUCUCCUCUACGCGAUCCCAUUGAUGUAUAAGCUGGAGGGAGAGUCGCUCGGGAGAUUGCAAUCGACUGUUGCACAUAUUGUGAGAUAUCGCAUGGGAACUUGUCCUCUUCGCAAUGUCAAAUCAGCACUUGCAAUAGUAGCCUCAGAGAGCCCGCAAUUCUUUUACUCCUUCUUCGAGCAAGUCUGGGAUGAGGGUACUGGGAUCCCACGCAAAUGUAGCUGUGGCCCUUCCGUGGUCACUGUUACGGGCUGGAGGUGCCACACAUGCAAAGACAUCGGAGUGAAGUAA